AUGAAGGCCUCACAGUUUAUCGCCUACCUAUUGGCAUCGCAAGCAGUCAGCGCUGCUUCUCUACCUGAAUUUAGCAAUGCGCUCAAUAUCCUCGAAGACCGCCGCGUCGUUCCUGCAUCGGAAGUCGUCUCCCCAGACCACACGCUAGAGCGUCGCAAGGGCGGCGGUGGACGUGGCGGAGGCAGCAGUGGAGGCAGCAGCAGCGGUGGCAGCAGUAGCGGUGGCAGUGGUAGUAGUAGUAGCGGUGGAGGCCGAGGACGAUACUACGGCGGCGGCGCUGCCGUACCUUACUCCGCCGGAAAAAAGACUCCAAAGGGUCUUUCACCCGGUCUCUUGCUUGCGCCCGCAGCAAUCCUCCUCAUCAUGCCCGGUCUCUGGCUCUACAGCGUUUACCCAUACCACUACAGCAACCCCUACCGCUUCUACAACCAGUCCGCUACCGAUGAUGAUGACAACGACAGAAAGAGGUCGCUCUGGACCCGCCAGACACAGGGUCGCAAUGAGACGCUACCUGUUAUGUGUCUUUGCCAGGAGUUCAGCGUUUGCGGCUGUGACGAAAACGACGACCAGCAGUACCUUGAUGAUCUGGUUGGCAACGGAAGCUACGCUGCGCUCAACAAGUCGCUCAUCACUGUUUCUGAUGUCAAUGGCACUAAGACACUCGUCCUCAAUGGUACUCUUCCCAAUGGCACCACGGCGCCUGGCGGUGAGGGUGCGGCUGCUAGCUUGACAGUUGGCAACCUUGCUGGCUACUACGCUGUUGCUCUGCUCGUUAUUGCUGGCGUCAUGCUGUAA